AUGCAGGGCGGCGCCGGCAAGAAGAUGAGUCGUCAGCAGCGACGCAAGAUGAACAAGGACGCGCGUGAGCAGGAGCGGCUUGAUUCGAUCCGAGCUGAGGUUGAGCGCGAAAUGGCUGAGAACCCAACAGGAAACCAAGGCGCUGUGGAAGAGGCAGGGCUCAAGCAGCUGUGCAAUGAGCUGCAGCUGCAAAUCCAUGAAAUUACACCGGAUGGUCACUGUCUGUACAGUGCCAUUGCGGAUCAGCUCAAUGUACGAUACCCCAUGGAGGAGCUGUACACGUAUCAACACAUGCGCAAAGCCGCGGCAAGUUAUAUGCGUCAACAUGCAGAUGACUUCAUACCGUUCAUCUCAGACUUGGAUGAAUCGGCAGCUGGUGUCGACAAGGGCGCACAAACUGCCGCGGAAAAGUUCGCGCAGUACUGCGACGCGAUGGAAUCGUCGUCGGCAUGGGGCGGUCAGCCUGAAAUUUUGGCUUUGUCGAAAGUGCUACAUACGCCGAUCCAUGUCAUUCAAGCCGGUAUGCCCGUCGUGAAGAUCGGCGACGAAGAGGUCGGCGAUCGCACACCGCUGACGAUUUCCUACCAUGUCAAAAUGUACGGCCUAGGCGAACACUACAAUUCCUUGCGUCCAGCUGCUUCCGCAUAA